AUGAUGAAUUCUUUAACGUCCAAAAACUAUUUCAUCGUCCUUCUGGGUGUUGGAGUUCUCUUAACCCAGACGAUGAUCAAUGCAAGACCAGCCGACAAAGCUGGUGAAGUUGUCCACGGAGCUGGAGCCGCGAUCUGUGAGUGCCUUAUUACUGGACUGAUGUUUUGUGGGGCGAUAGAAUUCUUGGAAGCAGUUGUAGUACCUUGGCUUUUUUCUUGCCCACAUCCCGGAAAGAAUAGCCACCGACCUUGUUCAUCUAUUUCGGUAACUCUCAAACGUAACCGUCAGCCACGAGCUCGGCUAUGGGCAAUGGCAAACGAGCCCAUUGUCUGUUGGCAACGAGGCAACGGCAAGUUUGCCGUUGCCCAUAGCCGAGCUCCUGACGGAGCCGAAUGGACGAGAGAAGAAGCGAAUGCAGCAGCCGCUAGAGCCCGUGAAGGUUUAGGAGAAGCAGCCCAUGCUGCGAGAAGCGGCGCCGAGGCUGCCGGCGAUACGGUUAAAGAUGCCGCUGGUGGAGCUUGGGGUACGUUGAAGAACACCGCUGGCAAUGUCAAAGACGCAGCAACUCACGGAGCCGAAUGGACGAAAGAAGAAGCUAGUGCAGCUGCCGCUAGAGCCCGUGAAGGAUUAGGAGAUGCAGCCCAUGCUGUCAAAAGCGGCGCCGAGGCUGCCGGCGAUACGGUUAAAGAUGCCGCUGGUGGAGCUUGGGGUACGUUGAAGAACACCGCUGGUCAUGUCAAAGAUGCAGCAAGUGAAGCCGCCGAUAGUGCACAUUCUGGAGCUGUUUCGGCUGGGAGAACAGUCGGCGAAGUCGCAGGCGGAGCCGUCGGUAUUGUGAAAGGUGGCGCUGUUGCUAUAGGAGAAACAGCAUCCGAUGCAGUUGGUUCAGUGGCAUCUGGAGUAGUCUCAGCCGGUGAAGCUGUUGGUGAUGUAGCAAGUACCGCUGCCGGUGCCGUUAGGGAUGGCGUGGUCACUGCCGGCCAAGCUGUGGGAGAUGCAGCAAGCACAGCUGCUGAAACUGUCAAAGAUGGUGCGUCAGCAGCUGUAGGAGCUGUUGGUGAUGUAGCAACAGAAACAUAUAAUGCUGCUCGAGAAGGUGCUGCAAAGAUCGGUGGAGCUGUCGGAGAUGCUGCUGCAGCUGCGCGAGACGGUGUUGUUGCCGCUGGAGGUGCAGUUGUUGAUGGUGCCAAAUACGCCGCAGAUACUGUGAAGGACGGUGCCGUCGCAGUUGGUAACACUGCCGCUGAUUUCGCUGGUUCUGCUUGGGAACAAGCCAAAAGUGCAGAAGCCAGGGCGGAGGAAAAAGCUAGGCAAGGUGUAAAGCAUGCAGGAGAAGCUGUUGCGGAUACUGCAAGUGGAGCUUGGGAAGGUCUAAAGAACACAGGAAAAGCGGUCGGCGACACUGCAGCUGAGGCUGCAUCGGCCGCAUACGAAGGAGCCAAAAGUGCUGAAGAGGCUGCCGAAGAGCAUGCAGGUUAG